AUGCGCAACGACUCGAUAAUGUUCCCGUAUAUACCCGUCAUCGAGAAUCAAUUUCCGGUUAAGCUGAGCAUAGAGGAUAUUCUGCCUAUACAGAAUCUGUACGGGUCUCAUGACGACGGAAACUAUCCGACGGCGACUCCCGCGACCACCGCGGCGCCCGCUACGACGAGCGUUGCGCCAACCGACCCCGCGCGCGCGGAUCUCUGCGCUUUGCGGCGCGUGGACGUCGCGCUGAUAAUGAAUCACCGAUUGUACAUAGCUAAUCGCCGCAAUGUGUGGUCGAUCGACGUGACUGAGAGACGCUACGGUAGGCCCAUUACGCUCACGGAUUACGCGGCGUUUCUCCCGGCAAAUUUCACGCGCCUAUCCGCCGCGUAUCGAAGACCCUCGGGCGAUCUCGCGGACGAUUCGAUCUACCUCGCGGAAUAUCCCAGCCUUAAGCUAAAAUCGGGUUGGGCGAGAUAUCUCCACGAUAUCGGACUUCCCCGAAACGUUAAGAUUAACGCUGCGAUAAACACGCACACGGGACGAACCUACGCGAUCUACGACGACGAUAAAAUAGCGGAGAUUGACGAGUGUCGCAUGAUAGUCAUUAGACACGCUCCGUUAAAAGAUAUAUUUCCCGGAAUACCGCCCGCGAUAACGUCGGCCUUUCGAUAUGUCGACGGCAAUCUGUAUUUCUUCGCCAAACGUCAGUUCUACGCCUUCAACGAAUUCACGAAUAUCGUAACUUCGGCGAGUCCUUUCGAUCUACACGUGCUCGGUAUCGAGUGUCCUACGGAUGGGCUGCUAAGACAAUUGCGCGAUUUCCUCAUUCGCGUCUAUCGUCUCGGCGACGCGACCGAGAGAGAGAGGAUCGACGAAGAGGACGAUUAG